AUCGAAAAAAUAAAAACGAUUUUGAUACCGAUACUGUAUUUUUAACGACUCGAUCGCCGGAACUAUACAGAAAAAGAUUCCGAAAAAUCAAGGUAUGAAAAAUGAAAAAAUGAAUCUGGACCAGUGCGUUGACCUUGCAUUGCCCAACUUGAGAGCGCCAUGACGUCUCUUUUAUCCGGACGAACCGCUGCUGCCGUUCAUUUUUCAUUUUUACGGGAGGAAAGAUUACGGUUAAUUGCUCCGAAAUGUAGUCAUACCGUCGAUUCGAAUCAUCAAUAAUCUCCGCUAAUCAUGUACAAUCACGGGUGUAAUUGCUAAACGAAAAUUUUAAGCUCAGCUAUACGCAGGUAGACGUUUUUCUGGGAUUUUACAUGUUCCCUCGCGUUUCGCACACGAGUGACGAACCUUUUUGCAUAAAUUUCGAUACGCAGUUGAAAAAUUGUGAUACUAAAAGAAGCAAGCUUUGAAUAUACAUAAGGGAUCGUUACCGUUAUCUAUCGUUGCUCUGUAAUUUACACUCUUAGAAAAAAAUAAAAACGAAACACCGCUAAACCUCCUAAAUUCUGUAAAACCAUAUAUCGAUCGUCGGAAAAAAAUCGAACCAACGGCCGGCGAUCGGCGCAACGGUGUUAAUUUUUUUCUCCUCUCCAGCCGAAACUGAAGACUUUUGCGUCGCACACAGACACACAUAAACGUAUAGCUUUUCGUUUUCUAUUCUCCCAUAGGGAGACAAGAUUAGCUGGUAGCCGAUUGGAUGCAAGCGAGUAGAGGGAGAGGACAAGCACUUGCUCGUUUUCCGUCGCGCGACGCAGGAGGAUGGGGUAGCGAGUGCCGAGAAAGAAAGGCUCAUAAGUGGGACAUAGGCACGUGCAUCUCGAUACUUCGUCUCGAACCGAGCGCGAGUCCGGAUCUCGGACUGAAACGUUCUCUCGUAUACACACGGUAUAGUUACACUCGCGAGAGGUGUUCUCGAACGCGCGGUACCAUUUCUCCUGCCCGCGCGCGCUGCAUAGAUCGUUAGUGAAGUGUCGUUGCUGGAGAACUUAUUGGAGAGUUCCUGCGCGCGCUCGUCGCCUUCUAUUUUUCUACCAAAGUCUAACGCAGCUCGAUGGCGCCGAAUCUGUUUGGAAAUUCGGCGGCGCUCUUCCUGGAAGCCGCGCAACAGGGCAUACCCGAGGAGAAGCCCGUGUCGAAUUCGAAGCCGACCUACCUCGAGGCGCAAAAGUCCGACAAGAGCAAGUACACGUGGAAGAUCGUCUGGAGGAACGUCAUCGCCUUCGUCUACCUCCACGUGGGCGCGCUCUAUGGAUUUUACCUGUUCUUCCACGGCGCCAAGAUCCUCACCGUUCUGUGGACGAUCCUCAUCGCCUGCUCGGCUGCGCUGGGUAUCACGGCAGGAGCCCACAGACUCUGGUGCCACAGAGCUUACAAAGCCAAGUGGCAGCUGAGGCUGAUCCUCAUGAUCUUCCAGACCAUCGCCUUCCAGAAUCACCUGUACGAGUGGGUGAGGGAUCACCGGGUGCACCACAAGUUCACGGACACGGAUGCCGACCCGCACAACGCCAAGAGAGGUUUCUUCUUCUCUCACAUGGGCUGGCUGCUCGUCCGCAAGCAUCCCGACGUCAUCGCCAAAGGCGCCAGCGUUGACAUGAGCGAUCUCGAGACCGAUCCCAUCGUCGUCUGGCAACGAAGGCUCUACAUCAUCCUGAUGCCGAUCUUCUGCUUCCUCCUGCCCGCCUGGAUCCCCUGCUACUUCUGGGGCGAGAACGGCAUGUACUCGUGGUACGCGACGAUCUUCCGAUACACAGCCUCGCUGAACCUCACGUGGCUGGUCAACUCCGCGGCUCACAUCUGGGGCACCAGACCGUACGACGAAACCAUCAGCGCAACCGACAACAUUCGCGUGGCCCUGGGAGCCUUUGGCGAGGGCUGGCACAACUACCACCACGUCUUCCCCUGGGACUACAAGGCGGCCGAGUUGGGCGACUACAAGGCCAACUUCACCACCGCCUUCAUCGACUUCUUCGCACGGAUCGGCUGGGCCUACGAUCUGAAGACGGUACCGGUCGAGCUGGUGGAGAAAAGGGCCGCGAGAACCGGCGACGGAAAUCGCAUCAAGCAGAGCUCGCCGGAGCACAGCCACGAGGACGCGAUCUGGGGAUGGGGCGACAAGGACAUGCACCAGGAGGACAUAGAGUAUGCCACCAUCAUCAACAAGGCCGACUAGACUUUGCGCUGAGAGAGGGUUGUUUUUAUACGAUGCGUAGUCGAGCAAUGAUUGUUGUUUGAAUAUGGCAAUUCGUUGAGAAUCCUGUAAUCUGCCAUCUCUGAAACAAUCGUUUACUAUCUUUUCUCUUAGCCAUGCUCAUUUUCGAUUGAAUCUAUUUAUUGUCUCAUGUUUCUUUACUUUAAAUUAUUACGAAAUUACUUCGGGUUUCUUUCUUUCUGAUCACGCAAGGAUCAUAACGAGGAUUACGUUACGUUUACGAAAGACUAUCGGUAAUCGGUGCUUAAAGUGCAUAUUUUUGUAACAAUUACGUUUUUCAUCGCUUGGUAAAUGAUGCUUGAUCGAGUACAUAUAUUUAUUAAUCGUUUUCUCUUUACGUCUCUUCUUUCGUGAUCGAGACUUUCGUUAAUUCAGUGCAUAUAAUUUAAUGUUUAUUUAUUAUGUAUAAUUAAAUAAUUUAUAAUGUUUAAGAUGUUUCUUUUAGAUAUUUUUCUGCUAGUCGAGUGAUAUAUAAUAUAGUUUUAAAGAAGCGUUAUCAUAAAUUAAAUUUGUUCUCCAAAUCGAUACUAAAAACAAUUUUAACCACCAAACAAAACGUGUGUAUUGGUAUCCACCCUAUACAAAACCUUGAGAGAAUACACACGUUUUCGAGCAAUGUUCAAUUAACACCAUCAAAACUAAACUCACGGGUACUAAAACACUAUAAGAAUUGCAAUGUCUGUAAAAUAACGACGAGGAAUUGCAAUUUCGAAAUACACAUAUGAUAAUUUUAAUAUUGUAUAUUUAUUAUUCGUCAUUGUUGUAAUAAAGCAAUGAAAGAAGAGCAUUGUAUUAUAUGUUGACUACACCUCACAUUUUGUGCUUUGUAUUGCACAUCGCGCGUAUUAUACGUACAUAUAUAGCCGAACGCUAUAGGCGUUUCUGAAUGCCUAAAUGAAGUUUUUUUGCCGACUUAAUAAAAUUGCAGUGCCAGGUGAAAAACCGUGCGACAGCAAUGUCUUACAAUGCUCAAAAUUUCAUUUGAAUAAAACCGUGCAGGAUAUGUUGACUAUUACCAUUGUUUUAUAUACUCUGUAAUUAAAAUUGUAUAUUGUAACACGCUUACACAUGGAAAACAAA